GAAUAUGGCGGAGGCUCCGGUGGAGGAGAGCGCGAACCCACUGCUGUUACCGGGCAGCACCGGCUCCGUCACCACCGGCCUCCUCAGCCAACUCCACGCCACGUCCUGGGACCCGACCUUCAGCACCGACUGGGACAGCGAGAAGCCCUCCCAACCCUGUCUGCUCCGCAUCAAGAGGGAUAUCAUGUCCAUUUAUAAAGAGCCUCCUCCGGGCAUGUUUGUGGUACCAGAUCCUCAUGACAUGACUAAGAUCCAUGCAUUGAUCACGGGACCAUUCGACACGCCGUACGAAGGAGGCUUUUUCCUCUUUCUCUUCCGAUGUCCUCCCGACUAUCCUAUCCAUCCGCCGAGAGUCAAGCUGAUGACGACCGGGAGUAACACUGUCCGCUUUAAUCCCAAUUUCUACCGGAACGGCAAAGUGUGUCUCAGCAUUCUCGGUACAUGGACGGGGCCUGCCUGGAGCCCGGCUCAGAGCAUCUCCUCGGUCCUCAUAUCCAUUCAGUCUCUCAUGACCGAGAACCCAUAUCACAACGAGCCAGGAUUCGAGCAGGAACGACAUCCCGGGGACAGUAAAAACUACAAUGAGUGCAUAAGGCAUGAAACCCUCAGAGUUGCCGUCUGUGACAUGUUAGACGGCAAAUGCCCCUGUCCAGAUGCACUGAGAAGUGUGAUGGAAAAAUCUUUCAUCGAGUUCUACGAUUUUUACGAACUGUCCUGCAAGGACAGGCUGCACCUGCAAGGCCAGACAAUGCAGGAUCCUUUCGGGGAAAGGCGAGGUCACUUUGAUUACCAGACCUUACUGAACCGACUGCAAGCAAUAAGGCAGCGAUUGAAAACCAAAGCAGAGAACGAAGUGAUAGACCCAGACUCUGACAGCAGCUCUUCUGGAACUGAGCAAGACAGUCAAGGCAUCUCCCAGCCCUAGAACCCAAAGCUUGGGGCAGCUGCGGUCGCACAAAGGACCCACUGCUGAUCGAUGUUCAGUCAUCCAGGAAAGAGCCCUCUCGCCUGGUUUUGUAUAUACACCAAAGAUCUGGAAUCUUUGUGGGUAGCCUGUUUUACUCAGCUUUUUGCUUUGUAAUGGUAGAAAAGAGAGAGAGAGAGAGCUGUGGCUUGGGUAAGGAUCACCUGACUUUUGUUUGAUAAUCUUAACUCUCUAACCCUAUUUUUAUGUACACUGCUGCUUUUACAACUCCUGUGAAUCCCCCCCCCCCCCCGCCCCCCACCCAGU